AUGAAUAUUAACCCUAGGAACUGUGUCCUGGUGACCGGGGUGCCGGAGGCGUUCGAUGAAGGCUCAAUAGAGCCUGCCUUAAGGGCAUCCACUGAGUACCUGAGUAAGUGUAAAAUGCAUGGGAGCAUGUUUGUAAGGGAGGAUGGAGAUUUUGCUGUACCGUGUGAGCUGUCGUCGGCUGUGGACCCUCUACAGGUUCCAGGCACGAUAGCAGUGGAAGAUGGUGAGUGGAAGGUAAUAACUACUGGGAGCCAGCCCUCACCAGCCCCUGCCUCUGAAGUGGAGUUUUUAAAGAAAAUGUCGGCCUUUUUGGGGAAAGAGGGGAAGACCUUGGCUGAUAUGCCGGGUCUGUUGGGCCUUGACCCAGAAGUCCCACCCCAGGAGGCUGCUCCAUCACCUGAUGAGUGGGUGAAGGCUUUGGGGCAAGUAUUAGAGAAGGUUGUGCCACCCCAACCUGAGUCAAGCCCCUAUCAUAAACUGACGUUGUUUUCUGGGGGUCCCACCCCAAUAACUGGGGAGGAAGCAUUUGAACCCUGGCUGGAACACACCACUGAAAUGCUGCAGGAGUGGGCAGUACCUGAAGCUGAAAAGAGAAGGCGACUAGUAGAGUGCCUCAGGGGGCCAGCCCUAGAUGUGAUUCGCACCCUGAAGCUCAGUAACCCUGGGGUCAAGGUAAAGGACUGCCUAGAGGCCCUUGAUCAUGCCUUUGGGAGAACCGAGGGCUCAGAGGAUGUUUAUUGCAAGUUCCUCAAUGCCAGGCAACAAAAGGGAGAGAAAGUUUCUGCCUAUAUACAGAGGUUGGAGAAAUUAUUACAGAAAGCCAUCAUGAGGGGAGCAGUAGCAGUUGAACAAAUGGACCGGACUAAAUUGGCUCAGAUUGUGAGGGAAAUUCAAUAUCAGAACCCAAUCCUUCUCCACAUUCGAUUAAGGGAGUGCCAAGACAAUCCACCGGGUUACUCUCGACUGAUAAAAGAGGUCCGAGAGGAGGAAGAGAGGCAGGCAGCUAGUGAGGUUUGGGAGGUUCAGCCACACCAGGCAACUGCCAUAACAUCCAUACGAACGCCCAAGGUGCUGAUGGUGAAUCCUCAAGAGGAACUUACCCAAUGA